AUGGUAACUCUCAUCAACAGCAGCGGGCCCGAUCCGUUGCCAACGCCUAAACAGAUUCGAUUCGUCAACAAUCAAGGUCAACCUCCUACCAAGAGGAGAAGGAUAAACGCUGCGCGAAAGACGAGAUGUGCCGGUGAACACCCUACGUGUUCGACCUGUACCAAGAACGGACACGUGUGUUUGGGAUACUCCGACGGUAUCGAGAAGAGCAGUAAGAAGGAGCCUGGCCGAGGACCGGAUGGCACUUUCGACCCCGACGAGGACGAAUACGCAGACGAAGAACCGGAUGUCGACCGCAAGCAAUGGAAGAGCGGUAAGAACGGAAUCAAGCAGUUCGAUAUGCCCGACGACUCCCCAAAGUCCUCCCGCCGCACAUCGGAGCCGGAACAGGACGUCACAAAGCCUGAUAUACAACUGAAGUCGGAAAACAUAGAUUGGGAAGAACCUAGUUCACAACCGACGCCGCGUCCCGAACCACUCCGGCGACCUAUCAAUCCUCGAAAUCCAUCAUUCUCGACCGAAGGCGGCCAUAGCGAGACCGGUCAUUCACCGAUACAAUACCACAAUGAGAGUCAUCGAGUCCCGUAUUUUCGCUACUUCGGCCCUACCGCCAUAGUACCAGGUUUCAAACAAAUGGUUGUUAAGGUCCGAGAUCGAAGACGAAGCUCCAUAUCGGCUACCUCACCAAGCGGCGCGAGUUCUAUAUUCUCGGGCCUCGUGGGCUCGAUGCAGCAAGACGUCGAGCUGGGCCACCUAGACGAUAUGCCCAUUUACGACCCGAGCGAUACGAAUGAUGUACAUCCUCUGAUUCUCCACCUUGUCGAUACGUUCUUCGUACAUCUGGGAAGCAAUUAUCCCUUCCUGCGCCGCGAUAAAUUUCCCAAAUUGGUCCAAGAAAAACGAGUAGAGCCUAUAUUGGUAGAUGCUGUUUGUGCCCUUGCGGCUCGGUUCUCUGAUAACCCCUUGUUUCGAAAAUGGAACGAAGGGAAGCUAGCUAAAUCGGAGUAUGGCUACAUAUAUGCCCAGCGAGCGAAGUCGGCGACCGUCGAUACCUUUCCAUGCCCAUCGGUCGCUGCUGUCCAGGCAUGCCUAUUAAUGGCAUACGACGGUUUCGGUGCCGACCAAGACAGCGCCCUGUGGAUGUAUCUAGGAAUAGCGAUUCGUAUGGCAGUAGACUUGGGCCUGUCCAAAGAAGAUGGUGUGCGAUAUCAGGGUGAACGAGACCCUUGGUAUGCGCGUGGCUAUAAUAUAAAGGAGGGUGAUGAGUUUGUCCAACAAAGUCAGGUUGGUGCAGACGGCAACGUCCUCACUCCUGAGGAGCAGAAAGAGGUCGAACAAGAGCGGAUUGACACAUUUUGGGCUGUGUUCUUUCUAGAUCGCGCCAUCUCCUCUGGUACAGGCCGGCCGGUCACCCUUAAAGACGAUGACUUCGAACUGGAACUUCCAAAAUCGUCUAUCGAUCCUGUAUCCGGCUGGCCCGACCCUUUAGCAUCGCUACUACGAAUCAUUCAUCUUUAUGGCCGAGUUUCGGAUGUACUCAACAAUAUCACUCAUGCUCAAGACCUUACGCAUGACAAGCUGAACAAGCUUGCUCAUAUGGAAUCCGAGCUCACAAGACUCCAUCAGAGGACGGAUCCACGUCUCCGGUUCGACGCUAACAACUUCCAAGCCCAUGUCAAGAACGGUCGGGGCACGACUUUCAUACUUCUACACUUCUGGUUCCACGCGUUGAUCAUCGUCCUCCACCAGCCGACGCUAUUGACCAGAGAGGGCACGAUCAACCGGUCGCAUCAAUUGAAGCCGCACAGUCGGGAGCUAUCUAUGUCAAGUGCCAAGACGAUUGCUGAUAUCCUUGCCUUCGCCGAGUUACUCGACCCUACGUGCUUUAUCGGCAAUCCGUUUACCUCCCAACCCAUUUACAUCGCAGCAUGCGCAUUCAUUAAAGAGUCUAAAUCUAGCAUGUCACAACCGGCUUCGAGAGAUACAACGCCAGCCCCCGACGGCAAGGGUCAACCGAAUAAGAACCAUUCCAUUGCGAUAGACCCAGGUCCGGCCUCAAGGCACCUCCUGCUUGCCUCCGCCGCGAAUCAGAACUAUCAAGCCUGCUAUAAAGCCCUAAAGCAAAUGCAUGCUUAUUGGGGGGGCGUUCGAUACAUUCUAACCGCACUAGACCAGAAGCUCGAUGGCCAGUGGGACUGCGAGACUUACACGAACGAGGAGUAUGAGAGCGCUAGGCGUUAUCGUCAGAGCAGCGCCAUCGCCAGGUUCGCGAAGCAGUUCGAAUACCCUUCGUCUCCCAUUCCCGAUAACGGACCUCCUUUGGCAUGGUCAUUAACGGGAACGACCAACUCGCCAAACUCGAGCUUGACGCUCCUCUUCCAGAACCCUGUGAACCCCAACGGCGUCAUGUCUACCCAAGUAGCCCAAUCGACCGCCCCCACCUCAGCGGCGCCAACGUCCGCCCCUACGCCGCCGGGAAAUAUGAUUUACGACCCGAUACGCCAGAGCCUCCCGGAGACCACGGCGUCCAUCUACCACUCCGCAUAUCCCCAACCCGCUACAUCGGCCAUGCGACAUUCCAUCAACCGUUCCCGGCGCGUCUCCGGCGGCGGCUCGGGGAUGCAGGGCAAGUCGUCGUAUUUACGGUACGAGAGCAUGUCCGCGCAGGACGACGCCAAUAAGCCCGGGUCGUCGCAGGUCGCAAUGAGCGUGGCGCCGACAUCGUACACGCCGUCGUCGCAGCAGUCCACGUCGUACGACCAGUCGGGCGGCAGCGGGUACCCGGGCAACGGGUCGCCGGCGAGCAGCACGCAGAGCCAGAACAUGUCGACGAACUCGUCGUCGGACGGGCCGUCCAACUUCGCGCAGAGCGGCAGCGGCCUCGCCGGCUCCGGGUACUCGUACCUGGGCCCGGGCGGCGCGUCGAACCUGCACCUGCUCACGUACGACAACGAGACGGACAUCGGGCAGCACCUGACUAGCUUCGAGAGCACGGAGAUGCUGAGCUGGUUCGGUGAUUAUUUCCCUGGUGAUACCCAAGGCCUAGGCGCCCCCAACGCCCCCGCGCACAAGGAACCGCACGCGCCCGGCGAAGCGCCCGUGGCGUCCGACUCCGGCGUCACGGACGUAGGGAUCGAGGGCGGCAGCACCAACGUCCCGGGCGAGAAGGGCAUUACGGGCCCGCGCGUGCGCGACGAGGUGGAUCGCCAGGGGAAUUCUAUGGUUUGA